CCACCGUGGCCAUGUGGGGACCGGGGUGACAGCGUGGGACACCGGGUGACCGUGAGGGACACCGGGGUGACAGUGAGGGACCCUGGCCGAGGCGGGCAGUACCGUCCCUGGCUCCGAUCGGCGUUGGCAGGGCACAGUCCUGGCGUGUCAGGGUAAUUAGGUGGCAUCAUUUUCGGCAUAAUUGCGCAGAACAGGUCAGGAGAUAAUUAGCGAGCUUCGGCCGCGUCUGGCAGCUGCGGGCGGAUGUUGGAGGCGGGGGGAAGGACGGGGUAGUUUUCAAAAUCACCCCAGAGCUCAGGACGGCCCCGCCUCUCCUCGGCCCCAUGUGGAUGUGUCCCGCCCUCCGUGGCUCGGGGAUUGAAAUCCGAACCAUUUAAUACUCUUUUUUCGUAUAUAUUUGUUUGUCUCAUCCUUACGUGUAAUUACUUUUUUUUUUUCACGCGAUAAGGCAUCUGACAUAGACACGGAUCCAGAAUCUGGGAAGCUGCGCUGAAAAACUGUGCCCGUGCCACCCUGCGCACCCCUGAGGCCAGGGCGGCAGGACCCUCUCCCUGCUCAGACGUGCCCGCAUCCAAGAGCCCAGACUGGCACAUCCGCACGGUACUGCGCUCCCCUCUGGAGCUGUGGCACAUGGGUGCGUGGACACAGAGCGCAGGGCGAGGGCCAGCCCAACCCAGAGAAAACUGUGUCACACGUGCCUCUGCAUCCAGGCACGCACACAGGAUGCGACGGGAAGGGAAAUACAAUCGAAUCGGACGGCCGUGGUAAAUUGGACUCGAAUCCUUCGUAUGCCCUGGGGCUGAGGUGGGUGCCUCUCAGAUAAGCAAUCUAAUCAGCUUUGCAUUUGUGUCCCAUCUGGAAACAGAUUGUUGCCGGAGUACACCACCACCUGAGAAGCAAACUUCAGUUAAUUCAUUCAGCCAAGGCAAUUUCAUGCCAUGAUGCAGUCCCCAAACAAGGAUGAUUGCACUGCCUGUCCCACACAUAUGCAUGGUGCCUACCCGGCAGAUCGGCUGCUGCGACAACGAGCCAUGGCCAACCACUCCAGACACAUGGGCAAGAUAAGGAAAAGGCUGGAGGACAUCAAGAGCCAGUCCCCAAAGGUAACCAAAGUGGAUUUCAGCCACAACGAAAGCAUACGGUUGGCCACCGAUGCCUUCCUGGAUGGUGGGACAGACUCUUACCUCGAAACUUUAAGCAGAGAGGGUGAGGUGGAUUUCCUCUCCUCUGUGGAAGCUCAGUACAUCAAGGAUAAUGCCAGGGAGUCCUAUUAUGCACAGGAGUCCUCAGCUGCCGAUGGGGCAGCUGUGCCAAAGCAGAACGAUGCUGGGUCACUCCCUUCAGGGACCUACUUCCCCACCAUUUCUGACUGCAGUGAGCCGGCUCUGCUGCACACAUGGAUUACAGCGGAGAAGCCCUAUAUGAAGGAGAAAUCCACUGCCACUGUGUAUUUCCAAACAGAGAAGAACAGCAACAUUAGAGACAUCAUACGCCGGUACAUCAACAAGACCACUCAGGUGCUGGCUAUCGUGAUGGAUGUGUUCACAGACACUGAGAUCCUUUGUGACCUCCUGGAGGCAGCUAACAAGCGCAUGGUGUUUGUCUACCUGUUGCUCGAUCACGGCAGUAUAAAUCUCUUCUCAGAGAUGUGUGACAAGUUGCAAAUUACUGAGGAUCUCUUCAAGAAUAUUUCAGUCCGCAGUGUUACUGGAGAGGUUUACUGUGCCAAAUCAGGCAGGAAAUUUUCUGGACAAAUAAAAGAAAAAUUUCUUAUCUCUGACUGGAGAUAUGUGCUCUCUGGAUCUUACAGCUUCACAUGGUUGUGUGGGCAGGUUCACCGCAACCUCCUCUCCAAGUUCACAGGUCAAGUUGUGGAGCUGUUUGAUGAGGAGUUCCGGCACCUCUACGCGCUGUCCAAGCCGGUGAGGGGCCCGAAGUCCCCCCCGCGCUCCCUGCCCUUCCUGUUCAGCCGGAGCUGGGCCGCUCCGCACAGCCUCCCCUACAGCGACGAGGGAAGCGCCAACACUCUUUCUGAUGCCUUCAGCAGCCUCUCAGCUGGCAGCACCCACCAGACCAAGCAAACCCCACGAACUCUCAUAUUCAACAGCAACUUCACCCCCCAGUCACCUCUCCAUCGAGUUAAUUCCUUCCACAGCUACGUCUCCUUCACGCCCCCCCCUCCACAGAAGGCCAUCCAGGCUAACUACUACCAGCCGCACUACAUGGCCGAAAACUCCCCAGUUCCGUAUAACAACAUGAAUGUUUACAGACCUAUAAGACUUAGGCAAGAGGAACCAAACAGGACAGGGUUAAGCUCAUCCUGGAGAUGCCUCCACAAAGCUAACCUGUUUGCAUAAUAACCACCUUGUUUGGAAAUGCUAAACGUAGUGAGGACCUGUUUAGCAAUCGCUUGUGUACUGAUGAAUAUAGAAAUUCUGCAUAAUACAAAAUGAGGAUGAUUUCAAGCCUCUUGUUUUGUUGCUUAUGGAUGCUUCGUUUCCCUAAUUAAAAAGCCAAGCCUGCUAAUGUGUGAACCUCAGGUGCAUCAUGAUCCCAGGAAAAACACAUCUAAAUAAUGCUGCUCACAGUGCAACACUGCUGCUGCCUAUCACCUGCCCUUGGCGGCAUAUUUGUGUAGCAGGAGUACAGUAACUGUUCUCCUUAUGUCCAGGCAACUGAAAGGGGGUAAAGCACAGUCUACUACUAAGCAUUUUAUGCACUCGCAUAAGGAGACUGAAGGCUGCUAUUUCAGUGCCAAACAGAGGCGAUGCCAGCAGCAGCAGGCUGCCUUCAUGCUGUCAUCACAUCUUAAUUUUGAUUUAGGAGGACUCCCUUUGGGCUGGCAGGGAGGGCCUGCCCCAGCACGGUCUCAGAGCUCUCUCUGUGUGAGCAAGGACGUCUGUUCCCAAGGAUUCUGGGAAGGGGCCUGCUACCCAUGACAUGGACCAAGCCUGACAGUUCCGCUUACGGAAGACACCUCAUACCCACCACAUGCUCACUUCCACUCAUUAGCAACACAGGUGUGUUCCAGCACCCUGGGUUACAAACCUCCAAUCCUACCAGCUCAGAGCAACUUUCUGUAUUGUGGAGCAGCUGUGUAGAUUCAGACUGGAAAAUGAAGCUGAGUUAAAGAAGUAAAGUCCUACUAGUAACACCCCAGGAUUGAGUUCAAAUUCAUUAGCAGCAUGUGGAUCUCAGAAAUCCUCUCCAUGGUCAUUUGACUGAUCAUGAUGUUAGAUAUAAUGAUGCUUUAUUUCUGAGUUCUUCAAGGUUUCUUAUUUUUAAAGAGAAACUCGGUGUCUGUAGUGCCCAUGGACUACAGCUACAAAGGGUUACAGAGGUUCAGCAGCUUGAACCAAAUCAUAAAAACUUUCUGCCAAAUAAUCCAUGAAAACAAACGAAGCUUCUGUAAGGAAAAGAAAAUUUAUGAAACAAAGUUUAAACCAAAGUUGCCAAGAUGCCUAACAUCUGUUAUCAGUAGAUUAUUUUUUUCACACCUUCUUUGUAUCAUCUUUAAUCUGACUCCAACAGAAAACAGAAACCUAAACACACUUGCACAUCUGGCCUGUUUUCCCCGACUUCUCACCUGCUCAGAAAGGAAUACAAUUUAAUUAUGUAGGCUGUGGAUGAUGAAAAGUGUAUGCAGCAACAAGAUCUCGAGUGAGGAAAGUAACUCAUCCUUGGAAGAGUACUCAGUUUAAAGAACAUUAUGAAAGGUACAGGAUGGACACAUCCUGCUCUAGCUUCAGUAUGGGUGUUUUAACCAGUGAUAGCAAAUGUUGGAGUCCAAAGUAACAAUAAACUAUUGCAUAUAAUUGUAAAUUCUGUACAUAGCAACAUUUUUUGAUUCCUUGGGAAGAAGGGAAAUUUGAUUUUCAUUGUUAUGACAAUUCUACGUAAUUAUCUGAAUAUAACAACCAUUCAAAUAAAAGAAAAGACUUUCAUUAAAAUCCCUCUGAGAAUCAUUUUGUUUCUUCAUAUUCUCUUGACUUGUGCACCUUACUCUCUUCUCUUCCAAAAGCUGAAGGAGUCCCAUACAGUCAGAGCCCAGGUGAAGAGGAAACACAUUUUAUUUCUUCUGAAAUCAACAGGAACAGAAUUAAGGUGUCCCACCAGUCUAAUUAGGAUUUUUCUUCUAAAUGUAGUUCAGUUCACUGAGCCUCCUGUGGCCCAGCUGGGGGUGGUACAGAGGGGGUGUGUGGGAAGAAGUUUAUAGACUACUACUUCUGAAACCUUCAUUUUCUCAGGCCAUGACCCAUGAAAUCCAUGAAGGAGCUCUUCUCAUCUCUUUGGGCAAGAUAGUUUGCCUGCAGAAGCUUUGGAGAACACAGCUAAUGAAAAGUAGAUAAGGGUCAAGCUAAUAAUCCAGAAGGGCCACUGUGAGUUAAGAGUUAAUUUUGGUGGGAUCAGUGAAACAUCUUGUGUUGGUUCAGGCAACAUCUGAACUUGAACAUCAGAUGGAUGAAAUUUCAGUUUUGAUGGAAGACUACAAUUUCAGCAAUGACUUAUGCUAAAAACAGGCCCCCACAAGCACGAUCACUUAGUGAUGAAGGGCAACAUGAUUACAGGCAGCUGCAGAAACCAUCACGAAGGCCAUGACAGAAUGCUGACCUACCUAUCCACCUCCCUCCCUCCCUACUGCACCCAUCUGCGGCAAGGGAUGUGCUCAGAUAAACACUCCUACCACACAGUGCACCCUCUGCAAGUUCAGGGAUGACACCAAGCUGAGUGGUGCAGGUGAUUCACUAGAGGGAUGGGAUGCUCUCCACAGGGAACUGGACAGGCUGGAGGCCCAUGUGAACCCCAUGAAGUUCAACAAGGCCAAGUGCAAGCUCCUGCACCUGGGCUGGGGCAAUCCACAGCACCUGUACAGAGUGGGGAUGAGUGGAUUGAGAGCAACCCAGAGAAGAACAUGGGGAUACUGGUGGGUGAUACAGUAGACAUGAGCUGUCAAUGUGCACUUGCAGCCCAGAAAGCCAAUU